CGUGUGGAUUUUGUACAAAGCUAGGAUUGUGUCCCAAACAAUGGGUGCAAGCUGCAAUCGCCCCUGGUUUUGCUUCUCUGUGUCCCUUUCCACCCCAAACCAGCCUGUGGUUUAGUUCUAAACUCCCGUUAGUAAAAAAUCACUUAACAACCCACUUAUAUAUGGGAACCAACAAACACACCCACCCAUCAAAACAACUUCUUAGUCACACCAAUAUUCAGAUUCAUCAAAAGCUAUAACAAUGAGUGCAGCCACCAGAGCUUGGAUCGUGGCAUCAAGCAUAGGAGCAGUGGAGGCCUUGAAAGACCAAUUGGGGGUGUGUAGGUGGAACUAUGCUUUCAAGUCAUUGCAGCAACACGCUAAGAACAACAUCAGAUCAUACACUCAGGCCAAGAAAUUGUCUUCUGCCUCUUCUGCUGCUGUUUCCAACAAGGUCAAGAGAACCAAGGAAGAGUCCAUGAGGAAAGUCAUGGAAUUGAAUUGCUGGGGUCCCAAUACUGCAAGGUUUUAAUGUGAAUG